AACCCUUGUGCUAUUUGCAGAUGAAUCAGUGAAGCAAAUGUCAAAGUACAUUCACAGAACAAAUGAACAACGUCACAGAAUUCAUCUUGCUCGGCCUGACCCAGGAUCCAGACAUGCAGAAACUCCUGUUCGCUGUGUUUACAAUCAUCUACUUUCUCACCCUGGCAGGCAACAUGCUCAUUGUGGUGACAAUCACUACCAGCCCAGCCCUGGGCUCCCCCAUGUAUUUUUUUCUGUCUUUCUUGUCCUUCAUAGAUGGCUGCUGCUCCUCUACAAUGGCUCCCAAGAUGAUAUUAGACUUACUAACGGGAAAACAAACUAUCUCCUUCAGUGGGUGCCUGACUCAGCUCUUUGCAGAACAUUUCUUUGGAGGAGUGGAGAUCAUCUUACUCACAGUGAUGGCAUAUGACCGCUACCUGGCCAUCUGCAAGCCCCUGCACUACAUGAUGACCAUGAACACACAGAUGUGUGGCCUCUUGGUGACCGUGGCCUGGGCUGGGGGAUUUCUUCAUGCUCUGAUUCAAAUUCUUUUCAUAGCCUGGUUACCCUUCUGUGGCCCCAAUGUCAUUGAUCAUUUCAUCUGUGAUCUUUUCCCUCUGUUAAAGCUCUCUUGCACUGACACUCACAUCUUUGGACUCUUUGUUGCAGCCAACAGUGGGCUGAUGUGCGUGAUCAUCUUUUCCAUUCUGAUUACCUCUUACGUCCUCAUCCUUUACUCCCUAAAGUCUCACAGCUUUGAAGAACAGCAAAAGGCUCUCUCCACCUGUGCCUCUCAUAUUACUGUAGUCGUCCUAUUCUUUGUACCAUGUAUCUUUGUAUAUCUUCGGCCCAUGAUCACCUUUCCCAUUGAUAAAGCAGUGGCUGUGUUUUAUACUAUGGUAACACCCAUGUUAAACCCUUUAAUUUACACUCUUAGAAAUUCAGAGGUGAAAAAUGCCAUGAAGAAGCUAUGGAACCAGACCAUAAUCUUGGGAAACAACAUGUGUGUCAACAGAGAAGAUAAAGAAAAAAAUCUGUCAAUUUUUUAA